GUUCUUAAAAAAUGACAGGGAUGGAUGCGAUCAUACUAAAGGUGGAUUUAGUAUCUAUGAAUUAUUUCUACCUAGCUACAGAAUAAGACGAAAAAAUGGAACCUUGGUAUCUGUUAUCAAUAUUAUAGGCCUAGUAAUAACUAUAACCAUCGGUUUAUAUCUUAUUGGCGUACACUGGUAUUGGCCACGUAUAGACAAUGACCAGGAGUGCAUACACAUGUUAAGAAUGAAUGAUUCAGAAAUUUUCGGACUGUUGUUCGUUUAUAUCUUGUUUACCUGGUACUCAACCCAAACUCCAUCAAGAUUAGCUAAUUAUUUCAGAAUUGUAGGGAUGCUUUAUUUGGUACCAUCUUUAAGUGUUAUGACUCAAUAUGAAGAAAAUCGUUUAUCGCUAACCGAGAUAGUUUCGAUAGCACAAGGGCUUUUAAAAAUUACUGCAAUCGUGACGGCUUACUUAAAUGAAUUACAAGCAAUUUAUGAGUCACAGAGACAGGUUCUUCGUGAAUAUCAGCAAUAUUUAAAUGAAAUUCAGGAACAAUUUCAGAUAUUUAAGACUUCACCAAUCAACGAAGAAUCUAUAUGCAUUAAAAUGAUGGGAAUAAUAUCGUCAGAAGACAAGAAAAGCAUUGAGAAGAUAUUUAAGAUUUCUAUUAGUCUCGGUGAUUUACUAAAAAAGCCUCCUCAGCCUGAGAUUAUGAAAAUUAAGAUUAUGUAUGAUGUAAUAAAGGACUAUGACCGGAGCAAUGUGAAGCUGCUAGUAUUCAUUGAAGAUCGAGAUAUUUCUCACAUCCCGAUUGGAGAACAAUAUUUAGAAAGCCAUGACCAGUUUAAAGCUUCUCUAUGUAGCGAAAGUACAUUUAAGGCAGCAGCUGCAAGUUUAGCUUCGAAUUUGGAAGAAGAAAUUAAAUAUGAUAAAUUUAGCAUCGUAAAAUUUCUAAGAAGCUAUACCAGUAAUUUUAAAGAUACAAUGUACCCUUCUGCAGUGAUUGGACUUACUGCCGCUGUCUAUAUUCUCAUGAUAAUACGUGACACAGCAUUACCAGAGGUACAUCGAACAAUUUUUCAACCAGGCUUGGUCGCAUAUGGAUGCACAUUCUUGAGUCUAAGACUAAUAAUUAGUUUUUGGAAGAGUCGUAUCGAAUCGAAUAUGGCACUGAAGUUUCAUAAAAAGUACGUUCAGAAAAUUAAACGUAAGAUGAAGCCGCCUUCUUCGAACCAAAGGGAAAAAGUUUAG